GUUUCGCCACCAGCCGUUGAACACUCCUCUCUCAUCCAAAGGUUUUCCAAAUUCUCAUACCAAACCAACAUGUCGGGUGCCACCAAACAGAACAUCCUCAAGCUCUUCGACAGACCCAAGGAGCUGGUGAUCCAACCCAAAGGGCGAGACAACACCGUAUUCGACGUACCACCCUCGUACAUCCCCGACCAAUACAAGAAUGUCGGCAACCAAAUCGUCAGCCGCUUCGGCGAGGAGGCCGAAGGCAAAGUGCCGGUCAACACCAUUUCCAUCCCACCGCUGGGCGAAAUUUUGGAAUUGCGCCGCGACGAAAACUUCUCGCUGUUCAUCCCCAAGCACCGCCGCAUCGCCGGUCAGUUGAUCAACAUUUACUUGGGUAUGCGCACCGUCGACGAUCUGCUCUCCGUGGCCGUUUACACCAGAGACAGGGUCAAUCCCUAUUUGUUCAACUACUGUUUGAGCGUUGCUCUGCUGCAUCGCCCGGACACUCAAGACAUCGAUCUGCCGUCUUUCAUCAGCGCUUUUCCGGAUAAAUACGUCGACAGCAAGGUGUUCGCUAAAGCCAGAGAGGAAGCCAACAUCGUCCCAGUAGGAUCGAGGAUGCCCAUUGAGAUAUCCAAAGACUACACAGCCUCCGAUUUGGAGCCGGAACAUCGGUUGGCCUACUUCAGAGAGGACUUGGGCAUCAACCUUCACCAUUGGCACUGGCAUCUGGUCUAUCCCUUCGAAGCCGCGAUGGAGGUAGUCAACAAAAACCGUCGAGGAGAGCUCUUCUACUACAUGCACCAGCAGAUCAUCGCUAGGUACAACUUCGAGCGAUUGUCCAACGGUUUGAAGAGAGUGGAGCGCUUCAUCGAUUGGAGACAACCGAUAGCUGAAGCCUAUUUCCCGAAGCUCGACAGCUUGGUGGCGAGCCGGCCUUAUCCCGCCCGCGUGGCUAAUCAGAAAUUGAGCAAUCUCAGGCGAGAGGUCGACCAAAUCACCCAGGAUAUCGACGAUAUGGAAAGGUGGAGGGACAGGAUCUUCAAUGCUAUCAGCUCCGGUAGUGUCAGAAAUGAAAAUAGAGAAGAAAUCCAACUGACUGAAAUGGAAGGUAUCGAUAUAUUAGGUAACAUGAUUGAAUCGAGUAUUUUGUCGCCGAAUCGAAACUACUACGGUGAUUUGCAUAAUAUGGGACACGUCAUGAUUUCUUACAUACACGAUCCCGAUCACAGACAUUUGGAAUCAUUCAGUGUGAUGGGCGAUUCGUCCACGGCUAUGCGCGAUCCAAUUUUCUACAAAUGGCACGCUUACAUCGACGAUAUCUUCCAGCAACACAAAUCCGGAUUACCCAGAUACAGCGAAAACCAGUUGAAUUACACCGGCAUCACCGUGGAAGGCGUCGCCGUGGAGUCCGGCCAACAACAGAACACUUUCAACACCUUCUGGCAACAAUCCGACGUCGAUCUGUCGAGAGGAAUGGACUUCCAGCCGCGCGGGAGCGUCUUCGUGAGAUUCACGCACUUGAACCACCAGCCGUUCUCCUACCGCAUCACCGUCAACAACUCGACGGGAGCGCCCCGAGUGGGCACCUGCAGGAUCUUCAUGGCGCCCAAGUUCGACGAGAGGGGCAACCCUUGGUUGUUCAGGGACCAGAAGAACAUGUUCAUCGAACUCGAUAAAUUCAGAGUGAAUCUGAGAGCCGGCCAGAACACGAUCACCCGAAACUCCACCGACUCUUCGGUGACGAUUCCGUUCGAGAGGACGUUCCGCGACUUGGACACCUCCAGGCCGCAGGGCGGCGACGCCUUGGCCCAGUUCAACUUCUGCGGCUGCGGCUGGCCCCAGCACAUGCUCAUCCCCAAGGGCACCAGCGACUCGCCCGGCCUCAGGGCCGAACUGUUCGUCAUGAUUUCCAACUACGACGAUGACAGGGUGGAGCAAGACGUGUCUGGGGUGUGCAACGAUGCGGACAGUUUCUGCGGUAUCAAGGACAGGUUGUAUCCGGACCGUCGGUCGAUGGGAUAUCCGUUCGAUCGCCAGCCCAGGACCGGUGUGGACACCUUGAGGCAAUUCCUGACUCCCAACAUGCGAGUGCAAGAUGUCAACAUCAGGUUUACCAACAGGACUUUCAGACCGAGGACAAGGAACUAAGGCUCUCUGGUGGAUGUUCGAUUCGAUUUGUGGCUUCGACUGCGAUUUUAUUAGUGCUUUUAUCUGUUGUUUUGAUGAUGUUUUCUUUUUGUUUAUUUGUUAGCUCAAAAGUAAAUGUAUCUCUUUAAAUGUAGCUUGUUAACUUGAAGUUUUUAAUUGAUAAUAAAUAAAUGAAUAUGAGUUUG